AAACUCUCAACGGAUUCUCGUUAUUGCAUCACAGACUGUGUAAAGCAAAGUGUCGUUACUUCAAACUCUUUGCGUUUAAAAGCAAUACCUUACCUUAAUCUUUUUCAAAAUGCGUGAAUGUAUCUCAGUUCAUGUCGGCCAAGCCGGAGUCCAAAUGGGCAACGCUUGUUGGGAACUUUACUGCUUGGAACACGGAAUUCAGCCCGAUGGCCAGAUGCCAAGCGAUAAAACGAUCGGUGGCGGAGAUGACUCGUUCAACACAUUCUUCAGCGAAACUGGCGCUGGAAAACACGUUCCUAGAGCCGUGUUUGUUGAUUUAGAACCAACUGUUGUAGAUGAGGUCCGAACCGGUACGUAUCGUCAAUUGUUCCAUCCUGAACAGCUGAUCACUGGCAAAGAAGACGCGGCAAACAAUUAUGCUCGCGGCCAUUACACUGUUGGCAAAGAACUCAUCGAUCUUGUUCUCGACAGAAUACGUAAGCUGGCUGACCAAUGUACUGGUCUUCAAGGAUUCCUUAUUUUCCAUUCAUUUGGUGGUGGCACGGGUUCUGGAUUCUCAUCCUUGCUUAUGGAACGUCUUUCGGUCGAUUAUGGCAAGAAAUCAAAACUGGAAUUUUCAGUCUACCCAGCACCACAAAUCUCCACCGCAGUUGUUGAACCCUACAACUCUAUUUUGACCACCCACACGACCUUGGAGCACUCCGACUGCUGUUUCAUGGUGGACAAUGAGGCUAUCUACGAUAUCUGUCGCCGCAAUUUGGAUAUUGAGCGACCCACCUACACCAAUCUCAACCGUCUGAUUGGUCAGAUUGUGUCUUCCAUUACUGCAUCUCUUCGUUUCGACGGCGCUCUGAACGUUGAUUUGACAGAAUUCCAGACCAAUCUCGUACCCUACCCACGUAUCCAUUUCCCCCUUGCCACCUACGCUCCUGUGAUAUCCGCCGAAAAGGCUUACCAUGAGCAGCUCUCCGUUGCUGAAAUCACCAACGCUUGCUUCGAGCCUGCGAAUCAAAUGGUGAAAUGUGAUCCACGCCACGGUAAAUACAUGGCGUGUUGUCUGUUGUACCGUGGUGAUGUGGUGCCGAAAGAUGUGAACGCGGCCAUCGCAACGAUCAAGACCAAGCGUACCAUUCAGUUUGUUGAUUGGUGUCCAACUGGCUUCAAAGUUGGUAUCAACUACCAGCCUCCCACUGUGGUCCCUGGUGGCGAUCUCGCCAAGGUGCAGCGUGCCGUGUGUAUGUUGAGCAACACUACAGCCAUCGCAGAAGCCUGGGCACGUCUUGAUCAUAAGUUUGAUCUGAUGUACGCCAAACGUGCUUUCGUUCAUUGGUAUGUCGGUGAAGGAAUGGAAGAAGGCGAGUUCUCGGAAGCCCGUGAGGAUUUGGCUGCUUUGGAAAAGGAUUACGAAGAAGUUGGCGUUGAUAGCGUUGAAGAGGAAGGUGAAGAUGAAGGAGACGAAUACUAAGAACUUUCUUUAAUAUUGGACCCACGUGUUCUUAAUGUUACAUCUUGUUCUGUAAAAACAUUCAUUCUGUUGGGAAUAAAUGUUGAGUAAUUCUUA